AUGGUUCCUCUCAGAAGAAACGUUGGUCUGAUCGACACAAAGGGUUGUUCCAAGUUGGUUCCUUUCUUACUAUCUCCUCCUCCCAUGUCUCUCCCCGAUGGACCUUUCUCUACUCUUGUCAUAUGCGUCACUGGUUUAUCCAAAGAUGCAAGAAAACAAGUCAAGGAAGCGACAGAGAGACUUGGAGGCGAGUACAGUCCCCAUCUUCACUCGCAUUCUUACAGCUCGCGUGGACGUAAGUUCGAGCACACUUUGAAACAUGGGGCCAGAAACGGCCUCUUUGUUGUCACAAUUGGCUGGUUUGUUGAUAGUGUCAGGAGAAACCUUAGGAUGAGCGAAUCGCUCUACAAUGUCAAACAAAUUAGACACAAUAGCGAGAAGGUGGAUGAGCUGAGCCGGGUUUUUGAUCUUGAACCUAUUUGCCGUCCCCGUACAAUUCAGCAAGCUCUACAUUUUGGCACAGCAACGAAGUACAACCAAGUAUCUUCUUCUGGAACAGAGUCUGGCACUAGUGAAGACAUGACUCUUUCUGACUAUUCCAUGUAUGUCGAUUCAGACAUUUCGGAUGAGCUCCGACUUAAGGUGUUGAGGAUUGCUGGAGAUCAAGGAGCAAAGGUCAUCGAUUCUUGGUUUAUAGGUUGUAAUGCAAGUCUUGUUAUCUGCGAAGGCGCUUCUGUCCAGAGAUACCUUGGCCAUGCAAACACCAUUGUCUCACCACUGUGGGUUCUGAAAACAGUGGAGAGAUAUCGACAAAGACUUGUUCACAUGUCACCUGAUUUAGCCAGACGGUUAGGAUUAAUGCUUGAAAAUUGUGAAGAUGGUGCUACAACGAAGAAAAUUUGCGGGGAAGGUAAUCCUCAAGAUGCUCUUAAGUUUAUAAGUAAAUCAAAACAGGAAAGGAAAGAGAUUGUAAAUAUAGCCAAAACUGGGGUUAGGAGACGGCGCACACUCCAUAUGCAGACUUGUCAAAACCCAAUAAGACGCAUAACACCGAACAGCCUGCUGGAGAAUAUUUGCUGGACAAUAUCCGAAGCAGCUUCAACUGCCAGUGUUUUUAGUGAUUCUUGCAUCAGCGGUGGUUACAUCAGUGAACCCCAAGCUUCUGUUUUACAAGAAGGGAAAGAUAAAGGGUUAGAUCCAGUGGCUUCUUUUUCAAACUCAACCAGACUACUUACCGAGAGCGAGAAGACAGAAGUGAUAUUUAAAGACAGCUUCCUUACAAUUCUAUAUCCAUCUGAUCGAUUCUCGGAGAUGGGACCUUCUUCAAGGACUUAUUUCAGUGAUAAUGGUUUCACGUGCCUACAAAUCUUAGACUAUAUCCACAGAUUUUAUCAGGAGAACUUGCCGGACCAUGAAAUAGAGGUUGCGAUUCACACAGACUCGAGACACGCUGACCGUCUCAGAACAGUUUAUUGCAACAAAGAGACAGCAGAUGAUGGAUACAUGGCUUUCCCAAGAAUAGAGUUACUGGGAAGCAGGAAAAGUUUUGAAAUGCUUAAGCGUGUGAACGGAGAGAAUAACAGUACCGUUUACGAGCUCAUGAUUAGAGCUUGA